AUGGGCAAAUCUAGGCCAGCCACGUCUGGGUAUGCCAGAAUCGCUCAGGCAGAAGAGGAGGACGACGAGUCAUACAUCUCGGAUGAGGACAUCUACCAAGGCCAGACCCGUCUCUCGGUCGACGAUGGGACCACCUAUGCACCUAUACAACCAAAGCGCCGCGAGCGUAUGGAUUUUCCCGAUGGUCAGCCUUCGAACAACCGCCGGCGACGACGCACAAACUCUGGUGUCGACAUCAAGGCCAUCAAUGCCAGGCUGGAGAAGUGGGCCGAUGAGAUCGCUCAGAAGUUCAAGAUCCGCAAGGUCAAAGGCAAAUCGCAAGAGGAGGAACACCUAGAGAUACACCAUUCUGUCUUCCAGGCUCCGGAUUGGAUCAGACCGGCCACAGCCGAGACAUUAGCCUCGGAUCUCGAUGAGCCAACCGGCGACAGGAUAUCCAAGAUCGAGUUUGAUGACAUUGUUGAGAGCGUUAGGGUAGCCAUUGAGAUGGGCAUGCAGCCCAAGCUCAUUUCUCAGGGCAGUUCUGGAAGUUACUUUGCGAGAAACACCUCCGGCAAGAUUGUUGGUGUCUUCAAGCCAAAGGACGAAGAGCCAUACGCAUCCAAGAAUCCAAAAUGGACCAAAUGGAUUCACAGAAACCUCUUCCCAUUCUUCUUCGGACGAGCAUGUCUUAUUCCCAAUCUCAGCUAUAUCUCCGAAGCCGCCGCCUAUGUCCUAGACAGCCGUCUACGAACCCAUCUGGUACCUUACACGGAUGUCGUUACUCUAUCUUCCAAAGCUUUCUUCUACGAUUUCUGGGACAGACGAGCACAUUACCGCAAAGGCAAGCCAUUCCCUGAAAAACAAGGCAGUUUCCAGGUUUUUCUGAAAGGCUUUAAGGAUGCAAACAUCUUCCUAAAGGAGCACCCGUGGCCAGACCAACACAACUCAGGGUUCCGAACAGAUGCUGCACCAAAAAGGAAGAGGAGAAGAUGGGGCGAAGAUUGCCGACCUAGGGGCGCCCCUUCUGACGAUGAGGACGAGGACGUUGAAGGUUCACAAGCACCGUAUAGUGAUCGUCAACGCUCGCGAAAUGUGUUCUGGACGCCAGCUCUGCAACAGUCAUUCCGUGAGCAACUGGAAAAGCUUGUCAUUCUGGACUACAUCAUGCGCAACACUGAUCGUGGACUGGACAAUUGGAUGAUCAGAAUUGAUCAGCAGAGCCAGGAAGCUGAGAUUGUGGUCGAACCACCUAACAAGCCAACAAAUGGUCAAGCCGACCCAUAUAGAAGACAAGAGACGAUGACUGCAGGCGGUCAAACCAACUCACGAUCUUCUGCCACUGUGACGAUCGGAGCUAUUGACAAUAGUUUGUCAUGGCCUUGGAAGCAUCCUGAUGCCUGGAGAAGUUUCCCAUUCGGCUGGCUGUUCUUACCUGUAUCUUUGAUCGGCCGUCCAUUCUCAGAGAAGACAAAGCAACAUUUCCUCCCUCUACUAACUUCGAAGCAGUGGUGGAGUGAGACUCAGGUUGCUUUGCGCAAGUGUUUUGAACAAGACGCCGACUUCCAGGAAAAAAUGUUUGCUCGUCAGAUUGCUGUCAUGAAAGGCCAGGCGUGGAACGUCGUAGAAACUCUCAAAACACCGGAUCAUGGACCCUUGGAACUAACAAGACGUGCUCGCGUUUGUGUGUGGGACGACCUAGUUGAGAUCCCUGUGGCUGUCCCCCUACGCCCCUCGAAUGACAUUCGACUCAAGCAGAACGAUAUCGCUAAGGGUCCUGGUAUUAGGGAGGAAGAAGAGAUGGAUAUUGGUUCUGCCUACGCCUCGGCACCUCCGUUGAAGUUGCAGACCGAUCUGCUUGGACCCGACCCGCCAAACAACAAUCGUUUCAACGUCUCGCGGCAGAACAGCAGUGGUGACAUCCGAAGAAGCGACGAGAGCAAUGCUCCUCUAUCACCUUCUAGUGUACAAAACUUCACCUUCGACAAUGCGAAAGAGUCGAGGUUCAAACGCCCUGUGGCACCUCGUACCAAAUCCAGACUCAGUCUCGACGAGACAAGAAGACUGUUCGACAACCUUGGAGAACGUAGAAGGUUCUCAUUCGCUAUUGGUAAGAGAAAUGACGAAAUUGAUGUCGACGACGCCGAGCUGGAUGGCGAUCUCGGAUUCGCUGCAGCAGAAGAUCAAGAAGGCUACAGGAGAAAGGUCAUCGUUGAAAGGAUUGAGAUGGUUAAGGGCAGGGCUCCUGUAUUUACUUGGUGCUAG